GUGACGCGCCGCAGGAUUUAAUCUGAGAGGACGUUUGUCUCUGAGCUGCCGCAGGAUUUAUCUUAUUUUUUUAAUUUUUCCUGGUGAUUUAAAAGAGCUGCUCACGCUUUCUCUCUUCCUAUGUGACUGGGCUGCCAGCAUGGGGACACUGCUGCUAUUUGCUGUCCUGCAACUGGUCACACUGGGACUGGUGAGCGCAGGCUGCCCGGUGCUUUGCGAGUGUCCGGCGGGGCCCCCAUCCUGUCCCCCAGGGGUCAGCUCGGUCCCGGACGGCUGCGGCUGCUGCAAGGUGUGCGCCGCCCAGCUCAACCAGGAUUGCCACGAAGGACGGCCCUGCGACCACCACAAGGGCCUGGAGUGCAACUACGGCAAUGAUGUAGGCCGCACCCAUGGCAUCUGCAGGGCAAAGGCCGAGGGCCGCUCCUGCGAAUACAACGGGCGGAUUUAUCAAAAUGGCGAGAAUUUCAGCGCCGGCUGCAAACACCAGUGCACCUGCAUCGACGGAGCGGUGGGCUGCGUGCCCCUGUGCCCCAGCCACGUGCCCCUGGCGUCCCCCUCCUGUCCUGCCCCUCAACUGGUCAAGGUGCCAGGCCAGUGCUGCCUCAGCAUCGACUGCCACAAGGGAACCCCCGUCGUGCCCCCAGCGCACAGGCGACCCAAACCUCCGGUCUACCCUCCGUACCCCUUCAUGCCCUACCCGGCAUACCCCUUCUCCAAGCCGUACCCCAAACCGCACCGGAAGCUGUACCCCUACAAGCCCAAGAAGGACAAGGACACCAUGGGCAACGAGCUGGUGGAGUUGGGGCGCAAGUGGGACAAGCCACGUGGAAACAAGCACCUGGCGGCGUGGAGGCAGAUGGGCGACCAAUGUGUGGUUCAGACGACUUCCUGGUCCCAGUGUUCCCGGAGCUGUGGGAUGGGCGUGUCCUCUCGCGUUACCAAUGACAAUGCCCGCUGUAAGCUGAUCAAGGAGACGCGCCUGUGCAACGUCCGGCCCUGCAGCUCCAUGUCCAUCCCCGUCAAGAAAGGAAGAAAGUGCUCUCGUACCCACAAGGCCCCGGAGCCCCACCGCCUGUCCUACGCUGGCUGCAGGACCACUCGUCUGUACCGGCCCAACUACUGCGGCGUGUGCCGGGACGGCCGCUGCUGCUCGCCGCGCCGCACGCGCACCGCCAGCGUGGCCUUCACCUGCCCCGACGGCGAGCGCUUCAACCGCUCCGUCAUGUUCAUCCAGUCCUGCAAGUGCAGCGAUGAAUGCAACCAUCUCAAUGAGGCCGCCAUGCCGCCGCAGCGAUGGCUCUACGGAGACACACACAAGUUCAUCGACUAGUGGUACCCACCCCCCCCCCUCCCCCCCAACCCCAACCUACAUUCCCUCACAACAACAAAUAAAAGACUUUGACUCCCCCGUAGGUUAGAAUAGAUGUCCUUAGUGUCUCUGAGUAGACGUGAGAAAGGUGCAGGCGUCUGGUAGAUGAUUUGAGGAGGACUGGGGAGAGACAGGGAGCGACUCCGACCUGGAAACGAGAAGUGACUGGCUCCUGCUUUAGUGUAGAUGAAAAGUAGUUUCUGGGCUGAACACAAUCCAUCACACUGACAAAACCUUUGGGGAAACAUGCAGGCAGCCGGCCGCCAUGUUGCUGCCACGUUUCACCAACUGUCCUCUGAACUCUGAGACUUUUGUUGGGGACGAUGGAGCUGAAGACACUCAACCCUCAUCAUCGACUGGAGCACGUCUCCGAUUCUGAUCAACAGGGGUCGACGGAGCUUUGGAGCCAAAUAUAUGUUUGUAUUUAUUGUUGAAGACACAGUGGCCUGCCACCGAGGGGGGGGGGGGGGGGGGGCGGCACUGCUAUGUUUGGGAUCUGAGAGGAACAGAACAGCUGAGAGCUGUCAGCCGAGACACUGGGAGACGAGGACUUGACCCCCGAGGACGCAUCAGGGGUCGAAGCGGACAAACAGACGAAUCUGGUGAUGGCUGACGAAGGCUUCAGGAGAAGAUGUGGUACAUCGUGGCUGAGGGACAGAGUGGAGCCCGACGGUGACGGCUCCGUCCGCAUUAGAGUGGAAUAUGUCAAAGGUGGUUGACACAGCUGAGCCCGUCCCCUUGCCUUUCCUUCACGAGACACCGAGACGUUUAACGAGCACGAGAAGAACGAGUCGGGGAUUCUGGCGUCAAGAAGUCGAACCGCUUAAUUCUGUGCAAAUUACAAUCCUGCCUCCGACGGGCAGUGAGAGAGAAGCGGCCGCUCUCUGGUCUGCUGUAAAAAUAAAAAGAGAAGAACUUCAUGUUCUGAGUUAACAUGUAAUUAGUGACGAGCGGGUGGAGACGCUCUGGUGCCCGACCUGGCCUCUAAUCCAGCAACACGGCUGAAGCACAACAAUAACGUUUGCGUCUUCGUGCUUUAAGUGGCGUCUAUCCCCAACGUCAGUGUCGGAGCCCGAGAGGAGCUGAGGCCUCGGAGGACGGGGCCCGAGCUCCCAGACGUUCAUAAGAACCUGUUUCUCAGGACGAGGAAGGAGACAGACUCUGAAUCAGUCUCUCAUGUCUGAGACUUUGUAUAAUGACUGAAGAACCCAACCAUCUUCCUGAACUGGUCGUUGGGUGAAGGUUCACGCACCUUACAACGGCCCGGACCCCCCCCCCCCCCAUCGUGUAGGCCCACUUCAAGCGAAUGAGACCUUUAGAUUUUACUGCAUUGAUUUUUGUAAAGUGGUGAUUUCAUUCAACGUAUCAUUGUGUUACUUCUAAGACGUUUUCCCGUUGUGCCAUAAGAAAGUGGUGUUGAUGUUUGUUUGCAGUUUUCUGUGCAACUGGAAGACAUUUGCGUUUUCUACCAUCUCUUGGAUAGAAUAGGCUUUUCGUACUUCAGACUGCUGCCUGCAUUUCUUACACACGUGUUUCAUUAAAAAGAUGUUUGUCAUGUCUUUGUAGAUGCUGUGGUUCUGAUACCGUUUGUCUAGAUUUGUGUAAGGACACUGUAGAGCAGCCAAAUAUGUACAGAUGCAUCGUUUCAGUAUUUGUAGUUUACUGCUGUAUAAGGGCCAAUUCUUCAAGUAGUUCAUGUGUAGUUCAGAUCCUACAUGAGCAUCAAGUGCCAAUUUGAAAGAGCAUGAUUGUACGUCUGCUGGUGAACAUUCAUACCAGCUGUAAUGAUAAGGUCAUGCUUUUAAGAUUAUAUAUUAAAAUACUGACUUAUGGAGACAGAUCACAUUUCAUCAUGUUCCUCACUGAGUGUUUUACACACAUUUCAACAAGUUGUUCCUUUUUGAAUAAAGACAUUUUCUCUCUGGA